AUGUCUUCAGAACUGAGAGAAGUGCUUGUGGAGGUUUAUGUCAAUGGCGUCUUCUACUGCACUGAUAGUUUCUGGGCAUCAGAUGACAAAAAUGUGGAGUCAGAGAUCACCAGUGCCAUCUAUGACAAUUUCAGUUGCUAUAAACCAGAGAACAUACAUGUGCAGCUGGAAGAAGUCUCCUGUGAAGAGAAAGAUGUGCAGCUGGAAGAAGUCUCCUGUGAGGAGAAAGAUGUGCAGCUGGAAGAAGUCUCCUGUGAGGAGAAAGAUGUGCAGCUGGAAAAAGUCUCCUGUGAGGAGAAAGAUGUGCAGCUGGAAGAAGUCUCCUGUGAGAAGAAAGAUGUGCAGCUGGAAGAAGUCUCCUGUGAAGAGAAAGAUGUGCAGCUGGAAGAAGUCUCCUGUGAGGAGAAAGAUGUGCAGCUGGAAGAAGUCUCCUGUGAGAAGAAAGAUGUGCAGCUGGAAAAAGUCUCCUGUGAGGAGAAAGAUGUGCAGCUGGAAGCUGACAUCCACAAUGCCAUCUCAGAGUCUGUAUUGCUGGUGUUUGAAGAACUGACCGAUCCACUGGGGCCUUCCACAAAAGUGGAUGGAAGCAUCAGUGAGACUGAUCAGGAAGGCAUGGAUGUUUCUCCUGAAACUUCUGAGGAGAACAUCCCAACAGAAUUUGCCAAAGUGAGAAAGACAAUGAGUGAGUUCUUCCGAACUGGGAUCUCAUCACAGUCUAAGACUGAUCCGGCUGUUUCCGAGUCGCUGUGUGAGGAGGCAGGAAGCAGCAGUGAGAUCAGUCAGGGAGACAUGGAUGCUUCAUCUGAAGUCUCUGAGGAGGACAUCCCAAUAGACUUUGCCAAAGUGAGGAGGACCAUUAGUGAGUUCUUCCGGACUGGGAACUCAGCACAGCCCAAAACUGAUCUGGCUGUUUCCGAGUUCCUGUGUAAAGGUGCAGGAAGCAGCAGUGAGAUCAGUCAGGGUGGCAUGGAUGCUUCUUUUGAUAUCUGUCACGAGAACAUCCCAAUAGAAUAUGCCAAAGUGAGGAAGACAAUUAGUGCGUUCUUCCAAAAGCGUUUUGAGAUCUCAGCACAGCCAGAUCCAGAUGUUUCAGAGUCACUGUGUGUCCCAGAUGCAAGUGUUCUAGAACCAAAAUCUGAAGCUUUGUCCUCAUCAUCUGAGCUUAUGGAACCUGGACUGGAUCCUGAGGAAUGGUCUAUCCUGAACAGUUCUGGACCGGAACCUGCAUCCCCAGAAGGUUUGGUGGUUGACAUCAGUGAUGCCACCUCAGAGCCGAGGAGCCCAACGAUGGUGUCUGAAGACCUGACCGAUCCAGAAGGGCCUUCAGCGGAAGUGUCAGGGAGCAGCAGCGGGAACGAUCAGGGAGACACUGAUGUUUCUCCUGAAACCCCUGAGGAGGACAUUCCAACAGAAUAUGUCAAAGUGAGGAAGAUCAAUAAAAUGAGUAUGUUCUUCCAAAAGCUUUUUGGGAUCUCAGCACAGCCUCAGAACGAUCCAGCUGUUCCAGAGCCUCCGUGCAUCCCAGAAGCAAGCGUUCCCGAGCAAGAACCUCAUGUGACAGAGCUUUCAGUCUUAGAGAACUAUAUUCCUCAAAAUAUUUCUCAGCUGAAAAAACGUUUGGAGGAACAUACACCAUCUGAGACACCUGUCACUGAGGUCUGGCCCAACAUCUUCUUGGGAAAUGAAGAGACCGCAAGAGACCGAACCAAACUCAAAGAGAUGGGUAUUACCCACAUCUUAAACACAGCAGCAGUGAAGAAGAAGCUGAGGGUCUUGAUGGGAAUGCCAAAAGGAAAAGACCUGAAUGGAAAGAUUAAUACAGGGAAGAAAUAUUACAGAGGCAUGAACAUAAAAUACUGUGGCUUGCCUACAACACACAGAGAUGGCUUGAACAUGGGCAUGUACUUUUUACCAGCUGCCAAAUUCAUCCACAAGGCCCUGAGGAACCCAGACAAUAAGGUGUUAAUUCACUGCUGUGAUGGUUUCAGCCACUCCCCUACACUUUUGCUGGCAUAUCUGGUGAUCCAUCAUGACAUGAUGGUGGAGGAAGCCAUCGAUCAGGUUAUAAAGGUGCGACACAUCAAGCCCUCCAUAAACUUCCUGACGCAGCUGAUGUCCCUCAAUGCUGAACUUGUGGAGCAGCGAAAACAACCAGGCAGCAAAGUGCCACUAAAAACAUAUAUCAGAUCCAAAACACCAGACACCACCAUGUCUUCAGAACUGAGAGAAGUGCUUGUGGAGGUUUAUGUCAAUGGCGUCUUCUACUGCACUGAUAGUUUCUGGGCAUCAGAUGACAAAAAUGUGGAGUCAGAGAUCACCAGUGCCAUCUAUGACAAUUUCAGUUGCUAUAAACCAGAGAACAUACAUGUGCAGCUGGAAGAAGUCUCCUGUGAAGAGAAAGAUGUGCAGCUGGAAGAAGUCUCCUGUGAGGAGAAAGAUGUGCAGCUGGAAGAAGUCUCCUGUGAGAAGAAAGAUGUGCAGCUGGAAGAAGUCUCCUGUGAAGAGAAAGAUGUGCAGCUGGAAGAAGUCUCUUGUGAGGAGAAAGAUGUGCAGCUGGAAGAAGUCUCCUGUGAGGAGAAAGAUGUGCAGCUGGAAGAAGUCUCCUGUGAGAAGAAAGAUGUGCAGCUGGAAAAAGUCUCCUGUGAGGAGAAAGAUGUGCAGCUGGAAGCUGACAUCCACAAUGCCAUCUCAGAGUCUGUAUUGCUGGUGUUUGAAGAACUGACCGAUCCACUGGGGCCUUCCACAAAAGUGGAUGGAAGCAUCAGUGAGACUGAUCAGGAAGGCAUGGAUGUUUCUCCUGAAACUUCUGAGGAGAACAUCCCAACAGAAUUUGCCAAAGUGAGAAAGACAAUGAGUGAGUUCUUCCGAACUGGGAUCUCAUCACAGUCUAAGACUGAUCCGGCUGUUUCCGAGUCGCUGUGUGAGGAGGCAGGAAGCAGCAGUGAGAUCAGUCAGGGAGACAUGGAUGCUUCAUCUGAAGUCUCUGAGGAGGACAUCCCAAUAGACUUUGCCAAAGUGAGGAGGACCAUUAGUGAGUUCUUCCGGACUGGGAACUCAGCACAGCCCAAAACUGAUCUGGCUGUUUCCGAGUUCCUGUGUAAAGGUGCAGGAAGCAGCAGUGAGAUCAGUCAGGGUGGCAUGGAUGCUUCUUUUGAUAUCUGUCACGAGAACAUCCCAAUAGAUAUUGUUUUCUUUAAUUUUUUAGAAUAUGCAAAAGUGAAGAAGACAAUUAGUGCGUUCUUCCAAAAGCGUUUUGAGAUCUCAGCACAGCCAGAUCCAGAUGUUUCAGAGUCACUGUGUGUCCCAGAUGCAAGUGUUCUUGAACCAAAAUCUGAAGCUUUGUCCUCAUCAUCUGAGCUUAUGGAACCUGGACUGGAUCCUGAGGAAUGGUCUAUCCUGAACAGUUCUGGACCGGAACCUGCAUCCCCAGAAGGUUUGGUGGUUGACAUCAGUGAUGCUACCUCAGAGCCGAGGAGCCCAACGAUGGUGUCUGAAGACCUGACCGAUCCAGAAGGGCCUUCAGCGGAAGUGUCAGGGAGCAGCAGCGGGAACGAUCAGGGAGACACUGAUGUUUCUCCUGAAACCCCUGAGGAGGACAUUCCAACAGAAUAUGUCAAAGUGAGGAAGAUCAAUAAAAUGAGUAUGUUCUUCCAAAAGCUUUUUGGGAUCUCAGCACAGCCUCAGAAGGAUCCAGCUGUUCCAGAGCCUCCGUGCAUCCCAGAAGCAAGCGUUCCCGAGCAAGAACCUCAUGUGACAGAGCUUUCAGUCUUAGAGAACUAUAUUCCUCAAAAUAUUUCUCAGCUGAAAAAACGUUUGGAGGAACAUACACCAUCUGAGACACCUGUCACUGAGGUCUGGCCCAACAUCUUCUUGGGAAAUGAAGAGACCGCAAGAGACCGAACCAAACUCAAAGAGAUGGGUAUUACCCACAUCUUAAACACAGCAGCAGUGAAGAAGAAGCUGAGGGUCUUGAUGGGAAUGCCAAAAGGGAAAGACCUGAAUGGAAAGAUUAAUACAGGGAAGAAAUAUUACAGAGGCAUGAACAUAAAAUACUGUGGCUUGCCUACAACACACAGAGAUGGCUUGAACAUGGGCAUGUACUUUUUACCAGCUGCCAAAUUCAUCCACAAGGCCCUGAGGAACCCAGACAAUAAGGUGUUAAUUCACUGCUGUGAUGGUUUCAGCCACUCCCCUACACUUUUGCUGGCAUAUCUGGUGAUCCAUCAUGACAUGAUGGUGGAGGAAGCCAUCGAUCAGGUUAUAAAGGUGCGACACAUCAAGCCCUCCAUAAACUUCCUGACGCAGCUGAUGUCCCUCAAUGCUGAACUUGUGGAGCAGCGAAAACAACCAGGCAGCAAAGUGCCACUAAAAACAUAGCACAGACUAUUUAAGAAUUACUAAUACUUAUACUAUUUGCACAUGAAUUUGAAUAAAUAUUUUGUGAAUAAUUGUUUUUGGUGUUCCUGAUUUCUACUUUGGUAUGUGUUUAAUUUAGAAUGUCAUUUAUAAGCAGUACCCAGGAUGUUUGUUUAUUCUUAGUAUUUACAGUCAAAAUACAACAUGACUACCCGUAAGUACGCAUUUCUGUUCAUUAUGAAUAUAUAUAUAAAAAAAAAGUGAGUAAAAAGUGAGAAUAUAUUGGAGAUUAUCA